UUUUAUGUUAAAAAAUUGCUCAAUAACAGCAUUUGUUUCAUGCUUCGAUGUAUACGAUUUGAAACUUCAAGUUAGUAAUUUGUGUUUCAUUGUAUAUCGAACUUUAUUUCUUAUUAACGAAUGGUGCUGGACAAGGAUUUUACGCCGCAGCAGUGUUUUGUUCGAAGAAAUGGAAUUGUCAGAUGAUGGGAGAGAUAUUAAAAACUUUGAAGACGCACGAAUUAAUGUAAACGAAGAUUGUCGUAUCUGUUUACAAAAGUCCAACGAAGUAUGUCAACUGUUUCCAAACAGCAAAGGUUUUUCUCAAAAACUAAUGGCAAUUGCUGGUGUGCAGGUAGAAGAAGGAGAUGGAUUGCCAUCGGUAAUAUGUUUCGAUUGUUCUCAACUUCUUGACAUAUCCUACAAUUUUCAAAGUCAAAUACAAAAGACAGAUACAAAAUUACGUGAAAUAUUGAAACUUGGAUCAUGUACAACAAAAGAUACUAAAAAUGAAUUAAAAGUUGAAGAUCAUUUUUCUGAUAUCAUAGCAGAUGCGAUAUUACAAAGAAAAAUUACAAAUAAUCUUGACAAUGAUAAUAAAGAUGGUGAGGAUGAUCAUAGUGGUAAUAAUGAGUGCAGUAGUAAUAUCCAUGAGUCAUCUAUAGAAAUUGAUGUAAAAAAUUUUACUAAUAAUGAACAUGACUUCUCUUCCGAAAUAAUUAAUGAUAAUAUAGAUUCCAAUGACAAGUGCAAUUCUGUAAUUGAACUAGAAAAUAAACAAGAACUAUACAAAGUUGUAGAAGAUAUAAAAUUACCUAAAAAUUGUGAAAACAUUACAGAUAAGUUAAAUAGUGUAACAUGUCAUACAUCUAAUUUAAUAACAGAAAUAACAUGUAUUAAAGAAGAAAUAUCUUGUGAAGAAACUGUAUCAGAAAGUAAUAAAUCCAUCGACCAAAGUACUGUAAGACAAGAACAAAUAUUCCAACUUGAAAGAAAAAAUGAAUUAGAAAAGUUAAACUAUAAUACGCUUAUGAAAAGUUCAUCCAAAAUUAUUAAUAUUCAAGAAGAAAGAAAAUCUACCUAUAAUUGUAGUGAUGAUGAGGAAAAACCUUUAAUAAGCAGAACUACAAGACAAAAAUGUACGCAAUGCGUUAAAUCUUUUAGUACACGUUUAGCUUUACAAAGACACAUGACAGUACAUAAACAUAAAGCAGAAUUACGUUAUGUUUGUUAUAUAUGUGAUAAACAAUUUUCAAGUAUUACUAAAUUAAAAUGUCACAUUAAUAGUAGACAUCAUGAUGUACGUUUUAAUAAUAAGAAAAAAGAGAGAGAAAAUAGUGACAAUAAGGAUGUACAUUUAAAAGCAAGGGAUCUUGAUAAUAAUUGUAAUAAUUCUAUGGAUAAUACUAAAACGGAAAAAAAAAAUUAUAAAUUUAUAUGUAAAGUUUGUUCCAAACAAUUUACAUAUCAAAAAUCUUUUUUGACACACGCUAAAAGUCAUCCAGAAUACAAUCCUGAAGAUUUAAAUGAUUUUUCUAGUGAAACUGGUACCCAGUUGAAUGAAAUCAAAAAUAAAUCUGUACAAAAACAAAAUGAAUCAGACGAUGGAAAUAAUGACGAUAUUGAUGACAUUGAUAACGAUGAUGACAAUGAUAAUGAUAAUUUACCUAUGGAAAGUCCUCAGUGUACACAAUGUGGAAAAUUAUUUGCAACUAAAAGAAAUCUUAAAAGGCAUAUUUCUACUCACAGUGGUUUAAAACACAAUUGCUCGACUUGUGGAAAAGUCUUUUCAAGAAUAGAUAAAUUAAAAGACCACGAACAAUCAAAGCAUAAGGAAUAUGAAUUAUUUGGAAACUCUGAAGAAGAGAAUGAAGCUGACACAGAUAAUGAAAAUAAAGUUAAUGAUGGUUCUAAUGAACGAAAAAAGGGUAGGCAUAAUAGACCACAUAAAUGCGCUCUCUGUCCAAAAGCAUUUGCUCAACAGCAAUCUUUAGCUAAUCAUAUAGAAAGACAUAAACGUACUAAAGAUAGUCAAAAGCGAUUUUUAUGCGAAGUUUGUAGCAAAUGUUUUGCACAAAGUGGUUCACUGGUUGCACAUAUGCGUACUCAUACUGGCAUUAAACCAUAUGUAUGUAAUGUCUGCGGUAGAGCUUUCACUAAAAGCACAUAUCUACAAUUACAUUCAAGAACUCAUAGUGGAGAAAAGCCUUAUAUUUGUCAAUAUUGUAGUAAAGCAUUUGCACGUGCCAAUACUUUAGCCAGGCAUAUAACGAUGCAUACGGGAGAAGCUAAGUAUCACUGCCAGAUUUGUACUAAGUCUUUCAGACGAUUAACGUCUUUAAAUGAACACACAUACACGCAUACGGGUCAAAGACCAUAUGCAUGUAAAAUAUGUACAAAAAGAUAUAACAAUGCUGGUUCUUUGUAUGCGCAUACAAAGAAAUGUAAAGCUCAGCAAUUGACUAAUAACUCUACAACAACUUAUACUGUUGCAAUGGAUAAUACAUUACAACAAAGUAGUGGGCCCACAUCACAGGUUUUAAUUUAUUCCCAAAGAAAAUUAUUAGAGGAUGCUACUGUUGGUCAAAUAACACCAACUCCGCAAUACAUGAUUGCUAAUGUACAUAAUCAAAAAGCCUUAUCUACAAAUAUUAUGCAACCAUUUACGGUUGAGGAUUCAAAUAAAGGAAGCAGUUUUAUAACGGAACAGUCUAAUUUAAUUAUCCUAUCAAUUUUAGGGUUUUAUUCUGAUUUGGAGAUAUUGGGAGUUUUCUAUAUUUCUGGACAACACGUAGUUUCAUCAACACCAGCGGCGAAACUUGACAUGCCAACAAUGGCUAUGCAAAAGAUGAGAAGACAAGGCCAGGAUGUUAUGCAAAUGAACUUAGCAGGUAUUAGACGAGAUAUUGUAAACCUUGCUCAUAAUUAUAGCAGUGCACAGAAAGCCGUAAGAAAAGCUACCAGUAAUGAUCCUUGGGGUCCAAGUAGUACUCUUAUGGCAGAAAUAGCUGAUUUGACAUAUAAUGUUGUGGCCUUUACUGAAAUUAUGCAAAUGUUAUGGAAAAGACUUAAUGAUCAUGGUAAAAAUUGGAGACAUGUUUACAAAGCUUUGGUACUUUUAGAGUACCUUAUCAAAACUGGUACAGAAAAAGUUGCACAACAAUGUAAGGAAAAUAUUUUUGCCAUUCAAACAUUGAAAGAUUUCCAACAUAUGGAAGGACAUAAAGAUCAAGGUAUUAAUGUACGAGAGAAAGCGAAACAAUUGGUGGCCUUAUUAAAAGAUGAUGAAAGAUUAAAAAAUGAAAGAGCUAGAGCAUUGAAGGCCAAAGAGAGAUUUGCUCAAACAGUUAGUGGUUUUGGAAGUGAUGGUUUAGAUACAAUGUCACCUGUAAGCAGCGAUUUUCAAGAUUGGGAGCCUUGCAAUUUGACCGAAUCAGCAUCACGACCUGAAUUAGAAGCAGCUAGACCGCAAACAGUAGGCGAAGAAGAACUACAACUGCAACUAGCACUUGCUAUGUCAAGAGAAGAAGCAGAACAAGAGGAACAACGACGGCGAAGUGAUGACGUUCGACUACAAUUAGCACUUAGUCAAAGCCAGCAGGACUUCAAAGCACCACAAACUGAAAAGCAAAGUCAUAUGCUUGAUUUACUGGAUGUAAAUCUAGGCGAAGCAAGCAGCUCUUCUGCGCAGAAUGAUCCUUGGAGUAUUCCAGUUACAGCUCCACCUCCAAGACCUCAGUCCUUGGAUUUGUCUCAAUUUCGUAAAUGUAAGACUCAAAAUGAUCCUUGGAGUAUACCAACAACAAGCAAUAAUUCACCUGCGAUAGAUCCAUGGGCUCCUGUCACAUCUCAAAAGCAGGCUGUUAUUAAUGAUCCAUGGAAAGCACCUACUCCAUCUCCAUCAGCAAUAGUUACUCCUCGUUCGGCAGAUCCUUGGUCGCCAGCACCAACUGCUAAUGAACUUGAGGCAUCCAAAAUUGAAGUUCGCCAGGAUAAAAUAAUAUCUUCAUCUCCAACCUUCAAUAAUCCAACUUUAACAGAAAAUAUUAGUUUUACGGCGCAAUCACCACAAAACAUCGGUUUUAAUUUACCAAAUCCUACAAAUGUUGCCUUUGGUACUAUGAGCAACGGCUUUAAGGAUCCUGGCUCUACUUUUAGCAAUUUUCCUUCUCAAACUCAUGGCAGUUCGGCUACAAGUCCAUUGAGCGAGCUUGAUGAAUUUGAUGUGAUCAGUCAGAGGAACAAACUUGGAAGUGGUUCACAAACUACAAACAAUGGGACUACAUUAUCUUCAGAUCCAUUUGAUUUAGGUGGUAUUGGUGAAUCUUUACCUCAGAGCACUGGUGCAAUUAAGAAAACACCACAAUCUUUUCUUGGUGAAAAUUCUGCUCUUGUAAACUUGGAUAAUCUUGUCAGCACUUCUACAAUUAAAACAGUUACUCCAACACCAACAGUGCCCGUAUCAUAUUCAGCGAAUCCAUUUGCGACAACAACAGCACCAUCUCAUGCUCCAACUAACCAGAUUCGACAGGACCCUUGGGCUGUAAAUACUAAUGCUAAAGCUAAUCCAUUUUUAUCGUAGCCUGAUGAAAAUUAUUGAAAAGUUAGCUGAAACCGCUAUUACUGCAGCGAAUAUAAUAGUAUUUGAGAUUUUAUUAGUAACCCUGUACGGUAUAAGUUUCAAAUUAGAGUAAAUUAUGAUUUGAGUUGCAGAUGCAGAAUAUAGAAGGAGCGAAUAAUAAAAACAAUUUUAUUCUUAAUGACUAAAGCUAUUAUCAAAAUGUUUUAAGUAAAAGAACAAAUUAUUGAAAAAUUUGUAUUAUUACUGUUUAUAUUUAUUUAUAAUGCUUUUCAUAGCAUCAUCUCGUGUAAUUAAUUAACUUAGUUAUAAAUGAUUUUAUUAUGGCUAUAUCAUUUGAUAUAUACUAUUUCAGAAAAUAUUUUGGAGUGGUAGGAAAAACAAAAUAUAACAUUUUAACUUGAAACGCUUAUAAGCUCCCAAGGUAACAACUAGAUUUUAUACAUACUCUUUUCAUAUAUAGAAUAUUUUUUAAGUAUGAAUCCAUUCUCAGACAAAAAUUACUCACCGAUAUAUUCUUUCGGUAAAGAUGUAAAAUAAUAAUGAUAUCGAGAUCAUUUCAUUUAUUUUGUAUUUAUAUACGUGUUUUCUAUAGUAAAUGAGAUCGUGAGACUGUAAUCGUAAUUUGCAAAAAUAGAUUAUAUCGAACAGGGUUCAGUUUAAGCCAGUCUUGAAUGUUAUAUGGAUUAUAAUCUACGAAAUUCAUAUUUUGGCUUGCUUUUUAGCAAUAAGAAAAAUUAAGAAUACAAAUAGUGCCUGUGUUAAAAAGAUUUGUGCGCAUUUGUUGUUAAAUAUGAUCACAUCCGUGUGCUAUAAUAAUUUUGUACAAUGUCUAAUAAUUUACGCAGUACUUUUCACAAAUAAUCAAAUUAUCAUCAUGUUCUGUAAUCGUGGCAAUAUAAAUCAGUUUUUAUAUUUUUCAACUUUAUACACUUUAAUUAUUGACUAAAUAUACAAAUAAAAUAUACUGUUUAUGAUUUUAGUAUGAUGAUAAUGGCAUACAUCUGUUUUGUGCAAAGUAGUUUUACAAAAACUAAAAUUAAUAAUUACUGCUAUUGAAAGUAAAACGUUUCAGCAACCAGUUGCAGAUGAUUAUUAAAUUGUCAGGCAAUUUCAUAACUGCAAGAAUUUGCAAAUUUGUUAAGAUGAGGAUAUAUAUAUAUAUAUAUAUUUAUUCAUUUAUUUGUCUUACGAUGUGAUGUAAUUUGCGUUUUCUUGUGUAUUAAAAUAUUUACUGUUGUACCUUAAUUCAUGUAAAACAAAUUAUAAAUAUGUUAUGCUA